AUGUCCAGACUUGCCGGCUCCGCAAUUGCGCAGGGACCAAAUGUUGGCCGAAUCGACCGGUGGUCAAAGUGGAAACCAACGGAUGAGUCCACCCUUUGGUUAUUGCUAUCAGGUGCCUCUAAUCCACCAGAAAAUAUUGAAAUUUCCAAGCGAAGACCAAGAGAUUCCCCCGGAGAUAUAAAUGGCGCAUUUCUUGCUGGUGUUUCUCGUGACUUCGCCAACAUGCAGGAAUUGAUUAUACCAAAGAUCUAUAACAUAGUCCGAGAUUUUUAUUUCACCAGAGACAAAGCUCUUGAACAUAUUACCAAUUUUUUUCAAAAGUGCAUGGAUACGAAAGCGCGUCCAAUGUUGUACUAUACUGGGCAUGGCGAGAUUGGUACUGGAAACUGGUGCUUUGCGGAUGGGACAAUCAGUAUCCAAGAGAUUUUUGACAUGUUGCCUGGAGGCUUGUAUUAUCCAAUGAUCUUCAGUGAUGCCUGUUACAGUGGCCACUGGGCAAAUUUCUGUCUGGAGAAAGGUAUUUCUGGUUUCCACUGCCUAGCAGCAUGUCCGGAGUAUUCGACGGCUUUUGAUACCAAAGGUGUGUAUGUUUUACAUUCCUUAAUUAAUCUGAAAUCAAAACUAUAAUGUUUACAUUGCAGCGGUGUAUAAUUAGAAGGAAGGUAUUGUUCCAAAGCUGUUUCGAUAUAGGAUUCGAGCUGGACGCGCUAGGCACUACGCACUACUAUACGCGCUUCGUUAUUAUUUUUAAGAAAGCCGUGAAGCUUGCGAGGAAGAUUUAGUGCAACUUUCCAGUGUUUUAGAACCAGCAGUUAAUUGGCUGCGGCCUGGUACAGGAAACUGGUGUUUUAAUGAUGGGAAAAUCAGCAUCGAAGAAAUUUUGGAUCUGGUACCUAGAGACUGUUUCUACCCGAUGAUCUUCAGCGAUACCUGUUACAGUGGCCACUGAGCCAAGUUUUGUCUCAACAAGAAAAUUGAAGGUUUUGAAUGUCUAUCAGCCUGUCCGGAUUACUCGACCGCUGUUGGAGCAAAAUGCGUUUCAGUUUACCCUCGGACGUAUACGCAAAGUCAUACCUCCACUGAGUCUGAGUACUCAAGGCUCAUUGCUUGGUCCUGAGGUGCUAGAGGGGUAUCUUAUAUGAAUGGAAAUAAAUCGUCGAAGUAUACGCGCCGUUCCCAAGUGAAUGAUCUUUGCAGCUCAUUGAUGUUAAUGGCUGCAGGGCUUUUACCUAAUUCUUGUCCAUUCCCUUUUUAAUGAAUCCCGGCCAUAGGCGUACGGGCACCUUCAGAUUUAGGGUGCAUAGCGGUGACCUUUUUUCCAGAAAAAAAAUUACACAGUGCUCAAAUUCCUGAGUUUUGUAACCGGAAUACAAAAGCACUUAAAUUCUAUGAAAAGGAAAAACCUUUACAAUUUUCACACUGAGUGAAACGGUUCUAUUUCCACAAGUAGUUAUUUGGAAACCGUGCAUAUUCUAUGAUCACUAUCGACAGUCUACUCGAUCUAGUAAAAUCAGAAGCUUAUCAAAAACAGAUUAUUUCUUCUGUGGUGGUGUCCGAAAAUGUUAAUUAUCCUGUCAAUACUGUUCACAAUGGCUUAAUAAGCGCUUCGCUGAGGAUGAUGUUGCUGGGAUGAAGGCCAGAAUAGAUACGAUCUUGGAGAACUCUGGUGUCAUUUCCAAAAGGCUGUUUUCGUGCUAAACUUCAAUCACUUCUACAGCUGUUUUUUGUUUUUUUCAUUACGUUUUUUGUCUUGAAUUGACUGAACAGGCCUUGGUCUGCUUGGAGUGGCUCCUUGUCAAGAUCAUAGUACCUGGCCGAGAGAGGUCAAAGCUAUGACUGGUAGGUGAAUAACUAAGAGUAAAUAUCACCAAACGCCAAAAAAAAGAAACAAAACAAAAAACAUCUCGGUCAUUUCCUCUGAAUGGAUUCUCAAUUUCGGCCAGGAUCUUAUUUAGAGAGGUGAAAAAGGUGUUCACACGAUGGUAAUCCUCGGUUUCGAUAGCGGAGUUGCAGCAUUGACGUUUGGGUUUUCCCCGACUAUACGCUUGUAAGCGGGUUGAGGGAUUUCCUUGUGGCACACGAGCAUCGCGAAAUGAGAAAUCGGAUUCAGCAAUCCACGAUUUCAUCUUAACUAUGAUACAUUCACACAGUUUCCACACUGUGGUGAUGCUCUCAAAGAAAGAUUCCAACUCAGCAUGGACACCGUGGGAAAGAGUGAAUGAAUGUUAAUCAACAAGUUUCAAUCAUCUGUUAACACUUGAUUGACACCACACACCUUGAUUUGGCAUGUGUCCAUUUAGCUUGACGUUUCGUUUUCUUUUCUUUUUUUUUUUCAGUUUUAUCUCAAAUGCUGUUGCGCGAAUCAUGAGCGUUUUGCCCGAAAAAUUUCAAACUUUUCGAAACUUGGGGGAGGGGGGCUGCCGCCACCCCCGGUCCCCCGGCCCCUACGCCCAUGAUCCCGGCGCACCAAAAAUAACUGCCACAGUCGAUCUCUGUCUUCAUUCCCCACAUUUUUGUGUCUCGGGGUCUUUGUAUUUCAGUGUCUUUUUAAUAACCUUUGUCAAUAUCAGUUGACACUGUUAUCAUUACUAUAUUAUUGCCAUUAUUAUUAUCAUGAUCAUCAUCAUCAUUAUCAUCAUGAUCAUCAUUAUUAUCAUUAUCAUCAUCAUCAUUAUUAUCAUCAUCAUCAUCAUCAUCAUCAUCAUCAUCAUCAUCAUUAUCAUUAUCAUUGUCAUAGUCAUUGUCAUUGUCAUUAUCAAUAUCAUUAUAAUUAUCAUUAUCUUUAUCAUCAUCAUCAUUAGUAUUAGUAGCAUUAAUAGUAUUAGUUUUUUUGAUUGACUAAUUUUCCCACGCUGUACUUGGUCGAUCACGGUAAGUAAUUGCCUUUCCAGGCUGGAAUUGAGAAGAAAAUUUUUAUAUUUCGUUUGAUAUAAGACUGACUAUUUCACUAACUUGGUACAUAAGAAAAUUAUUCAUGCAUCUUUUUGCCGGUGAAUAAAGAUUAUCUUUUAGAAAAACAGUAAAGUCAUCCUCAAGAAAGACGGAGAGAAAAAGAAAAUGUAAGAAAAAAUAAAAUAGUUAAUGGUUCUUUAAAAAAUAACAUACAAUGUCUGCAUAUAUUUUUGGGGUGGGGGAGGAAGGGAUGGUAUCCCGCCUUGUACGUCCGAGGGUUAAAUAUAUAAGUAUUUAAUUUAAAUGAUGUUUCAUCCUUUAGUUGAUAUUUAAAUAUUUUUUUUAGGUGAAGGUGGGGAUUUGACUUUGUUUAUGACUGGAAAGAAAGAACGUCCCCUCAAGGAGCCAAUGUACAGUGGUGGCAAUUUGCUUGACUUUCCAAUUACCAGUGGAUUUGAUUUAAUUUCUUACUCUAAAUUUCUGAAGAGUUUCAUAAAAAACUCCCAAAGAGUUGUCUCUUCUCAGAGUAUACAUAAUGGAUUCCUCUCUGCAUAUUUUGUAACGUCCAAACUUCACGACCCAAGACCUGCAGUUGAUUGGCAGAUUUUUACAGACCUUAAAAAGUUUUCUGCUUUUGUAAGGGAACAAAGGAAAAAGUCAAUGAUGAUAUAUUCCCUUGCAUUUGACGAAGGUAGCAGUUUUGGAGUAUUUCUUUUGAAAAAUUAUGGUACUGACCAAAGAGUUUUAAAAAGGGUAUCCAGUAUCAGAAAGUACAGGGAAAAAGGCUUUAAAAUUACCGCCUGUGCUGCCCAGGGUAAGCCAUUUUGUGUCAUCAUGACAGAGGACGCUGAAAAUUACAAGGGGAAAAUACAGACGUGGUUCACCAGUCAAGAAUGGAGACAUGCUGAAAAAAAAAUAAAGAAGGGCUAUCAAGCUGGGAAAAUUAUCACAGGGAUUUGUUACUCUCAUAUAUUGAAAAAGUAUCUUGUAGUCAUCACACAGACCCAACAGAAGCAGUGCUACUUCUGGCAAGUUGACAACACCAGUAAAGAACAGAGAAAAAGAGAAAAAAUUGUGAGAGAGAGAGAGAAGGAAGGAUUUUAUCCUUCUGUCAUCUUCACCGAUCCCAAUAACGGCCAAACUUUAUUUGUGAUGACGAAGGACGAAAGUAUACAGUCUUGCAUAUGUAAAGUUAAUUACAAGAUGGAAGGAUAA